CCGAGAAAACACGACCCUUAACACGACUAUGGGGACCAGAUUCCAUACGAACAGUCUGAGCUUGCGCGGUGCUUUCGAAAGGUGUAUCCUGGCUCGAUCAUCGAAGCCGCGGUUGGGCUUUUACUCGUCAACGAGCUUUCAUACUGGAGUGUGCGCGUCUCUAGUAGCGAAAAAGAAAAAGAAGGAAGAAAGAGAGAAGUGGGUCUCGUUCGCGUCCGGCCGGGUCGCCACGUACCAUUUCUACAAGUAGCAGAGACGCCGCAUCGAAAAAUCAUAAAUAUAGAAUCUCGCACGCGAAAAUGUAACGAUCUCAAUAGUGAGGCCAGUUGUCUGGAAAAUUGGCUUAAACAGAAGAGGAGAAAGAGGUGAUAUCUUUUUUCCUGUGUCACACGGCUUGUGAGUGAAGCAUUUUGCAGAAGGGAUCCAUGGCGUGAAACAUCGGCACCGUUCGUUCGUUGAAUUAUUUCUCCACAAAAGCUGAAGCUUGAGAAAAAUCAGGAUGCACGCGGUUGGAUUGCACUCGGCGCUGGCCAUCAAGCGUCAGAGAAAGCGGCGGGACGAGCAGCGUCGUGCCCGCGAGCGGCGCUAUAGCGCGCAAUCGGGCGAGAGCGGUCUCACGUCGCCGAGGGCAUCUACCGGUUCUUUGGAUCAUCAGCCGAGGCAGCACAAGGCCGGUCACUCGAGCCGCUCGGCCGGUCAGGGCAUGCUGGACUCGAAGGUGGUCACGUCGGUGGGGAUGCUGCACAUAGGCGUGGUUUUCCUCGUUUUCGGCGCUUUCCUUCUAAUGAGCGGCCUUCUGCCGGGCGAUCUCGCCCGUUGGGGCACCAAAGCGUCGGGCGGUUGGUGGAACGAGCUGGUCGCGAUAGGCCUGUUCGCCAUCGUGUUCGGCAUAUUCCUGAUCGUGUUGAACAAAGUGAUCGCCAAGAGGGAGGAGAACGACCUGGAGGAGUACGUGCAGAGGCAGUUGACCAGGUCCAAGUCCGGGCACAGAUUGGAGAGGGACGCGGAGACGGGCGGGUUGACCACGAAACAGGCGAAGAGGGCGAAGCAGAUGCUACAACAGCAGCAGGAGCAACAGCAGAUCGACUCGAUCGAGACGCACAACGAGAAAAGCCCCGACUCUCCGCCCAGGAGCCCACCGCCCGCUUACUCCCCCCCAGCGAUGAACGGCGAUCACCAGGCCGUCCAGUCGUCCCUCUACCUCGAACAGAUCACCGAGGAGGAGAUCAUCAGCGACCGUGUCGAAACCUCGACCACCAACAGCUUGAGCCCCGGCUCGCCCAGCGAGACCAGGGAAUUGUUGCAGAAUCCUCGUUACUCGAAGCAGAAUGGAAACCCUCAGCAGAUUCAUCGGUCGCUCUACGUGUCCAGGAUCUAAACACUUUGGAGGGGGAGGGGUAUGGUUGGGAGCCUGGUCUGGCUCGAACGUUUAAUUAAAGGAUCGCGAGGAUCUCGUAGGUAUUGAGAGGGGAGAGGAUCGUCGUGGCGGUUUAUGGAGACGAUGACGAAGUAUUUCGAAGAAAAAGAAAAAAAGAAGAUUGGAAUCGUCCGAUUAGUCGGUUUGAAACGUGAUUAUCGAUUAUCGGUAAUAUAGAUCGGUUAUCGAUUGUUUUCUUUUUUUAAACUUGUCGAGAUAUCGUCGAGAUCUCUCGACAGUAGUAGCCGUUUAAAACAUAACCUUUAUCCGAGAAUUUCGCGUUUAAUUUAACUCUCCACGCGAGUUUCCAAUUAAGAAUGCAGUCUCUCGCAAAGGCAGAAAUUGGCCUUAAUUAUUCGCAGAAGAAAACUUGAUUGAAGUGGGACCAAAGUUUCUUUGCAAACGUUACAUUUCGUUUAAAAUCGAUGCAAAGCAAAUACAAAAAAAAUCCUUGAUCUUUAAAAAAUUCGAAUAUCAAUAUCGCCAUCGAUUAAUACCGAUGAUCGAUAAAUCGACACGGUUCACAUUUAUCUCGAGAGAUCCUAGAUGGCGGAAUCAAAAUCUGCCAUGAAGCGAGCAAUUACGGAUUGACGAUUUCAUCUCGACGAAAGUGUAAAUCCGCGUAGUCGAACAUUUUCUCUGCGCUAAUUUCGAUCCGAGCCCAUUUUAUCUUCUCGAAAGUUUCGCAUUGUCGCAACAGUCUCUCCGCGUUUUAUUCAUUAUUCCAUUCGAGGGUCGAACUCGACCAAUUUCCUGCGAGGAAAUCCGAUAGAAACGAUAUCGAGUCCCUCUCGUCGAGGGCAACAAGUCCCUUUUGUGCUUGUUACGUUAGGAAAAGUUGGAGAGGAUCCUUGGGCACCCGGUAGAAAAUCAAUUUCCUCGACGAAUUACACCGGCAUUGUCGAUUAUGAGAGAAACUCGAUCGAGAUCUCGAUAAUUUCAGAACCGUGGAAAUAAUACGACGAUACGCGUAUACGAUUUUCUUCUUUUCUUUUUUUUUUAUUUUUUUUUUUAAACGCUUUGCAAAGUUUAAAGGUGAGUUUAUGCUUGUUAAGUAUCGUGGCGAGGAAAUGAAAAAGAUCGAAGAGGGG